AUGGCUUCUGCCAGCCUUGGACAUGGCGGAGUUGGCAGUUCCAGAGCUGUUACUGGCUUCAAUGAUUCAUCUAGUUCAAUUGACUGGCUGGGGAGGGAGAUGCUUGAGAUGCGACUCAGGGACAAGGUGGAACAUGAUGAUGAAAGAGUGAGUGAUAGUGAACCAAAGAUAGUACAUGGUGUGGGUGCUGAAGCAGGGCAUGUGAUAAGAACAACAAUAGGUGGUCGCAAUGGUCAGUCUAAACAGACUGUCAGUUACAUAGCUGAGCAUGUGAUUGGAACUGGCUCUUUUGGUGUUGUUUUCCAAAUAUGCAGAGCACUUGUUUAUAUUCAUAAUUGCAUUGGGAUCUGUCAUCGUGACAUCAAGCCUCAAAAUCUGCUAGUGAAUCCACACACACACCAGCUUAAACUAUGUGACUUUGGAAGUGCUAAAGUUCUGGUAAAAGGAGAGCCUAAUGUUUCAUAUAUCUGUUCAAGAUACUAUCGUGCACCAGAGCUUAUAUUUGGUGCCACUGAAUAUACACCAACUAUUGAUAUUUGGUCAACAGGUUGUGUCAUGGCUGAACUACUACUUGGAUAG